AUGAAGUAUCAGCUUAUUCUAGUAGAGCUGCUAAAUAAAGAUUUGACACAUAAAAACAGCUUCUAGUAGUAGUAGGGACUACAUUACAGCAACAAAAUCUGUGUGGAUGUAACGAAUAACGAUGCUCAAAUUUCAGCAUUUGCAAUGGCAGCACCCCAUCAAUGGCGUUUCUCUUUCUCACUCCUCUUUACUCAGAAAACCCAAUGGAGGAGGAGGAGGAAUUACUCGUCCGUCUACCAUUAUGUGCUCCCAAUCAUCUCCUACUCGGACUCAAAGGAUAAUGGAAAGCAUAUCAGUUGGAACAGAAGUUGGUGGUGCUGGAGGGGCAAAUUCAUAUAAUGCUUUAAAGAGGCUGGACCAAUUAUGGACUAACAUUUGCUCUGCUGAAACAGUAACUAUACCACCACAGGUAGUUACGAGUGCUCGUGGUGCUUUUAAGCGUAGCGAAUCUUCUGGAAUGACAGUGGAAGAUUUUGAUGUAGUGGUGUGUGGAGGUACUUUGGGAAUUUUCAUUGCCACUGCAUUGUGUGCCAAAGGCCUGAAGGUCGGGAUCGUGGAAAGAAAUCUACUGAAAGGGAGGGAACAAGAAUGGAACAUUUCAAGGAAAGAGCUGGUGGAACUUGUAAAAGUUGGCAUUUUCGAUGAAGAUACUUUUGAACAAUUUAUAGCUGCAGAAUUUAAUCCUAACAGAUGUGGAUUCGAAGAGAAGGGUGAAAUUUGGGUAGAGGACAUUCUUAACAUUGGGAUUUCGCCAGCUAAGUUGAUCGAGAUAAUGAAGGAACGCUUCAGGUCCCUUGGUGGCAUAAUCUUGGAGGGUUAUAAUGUUUCUAACAUAUGUGUGUAUGAUGAUUCAGUGGUUUUGCAGGUAUCUGAAGAGAAGAUUUUAUCCUCACGCCUGAUUAUUGAUGCUAUGGGAAAUUUUUCUCCUAUCACAAGACAGAUAAGGCAGGGAAGGAAGCCGGAUGGUGUUUGUCUUGUUGUUGGUUCUUGCGCACACGGCUUUAAGAAUAACACUACAAGUGAUGUUAUUUACAGCAGUUCAGCAGUACAAAAAGUUGGUCAGUCAGAUGUCCAACUAUUUUGGGAGGCAUUUCCAGCUGGUUCUGGUCCCAUGGAUCGGACAACUUACAUGUUUACCUAUAUGGAACCUCAGCCAGGAUGUCCUACCCUGGAAGACUUGUUAGAAAGUUACUGGGAAUUGAUGCCAAACUACCAGGGAGUUACCUUGGAUGAUCUCAAGAUUAUGAGAGUUGUAUAUGGCAUUUUCCCUACUUAUCGUGACAGUCCACUACCAGCUGCGUAUAACCGUAUUCUACAGUUUGGUGAUGCUAGUGGUAUUCAAUCGCCAGUUUCCUUUGGCGGUUUCGGAAGCUUGACCAGGCAUCUUGAGAGAUUAUCUUCUGGAAUUUAUGAAGCAAUUGAUGGCAAAUUUCUGGACUCGAACAGCCUGUCUUUGCUGAAUCCAUAUCUGCCCAAUCUUAGUGCUUCUUGGCUGUUUCAAAGAGCGAUGUCAGCAAAGCAACAGCCUGAUGUAUCACCUUCUUUUAUUAAUGAGCUACUCCAUGCCAAUUUCCAAAGUAUGGAGAAGCUGGGUGAUCCUGUUUUAAGACCGUUUCUUCAGGAUGUAAUUCAAUUUGGACCUCUAGUCAAAACAUUGGGGUUGGUCAUGCUUACUAAACCUGGCAUCAUUCCUUCCAUAUUCAAGCAGGUCGGAGUUCCGGUGCUAAUUGAUUGGUCAGGCCAUUUCGUCAUGCUCGGUUAUUAUACAUUCCUCUCAACUUUUGUAGAUCCUUUAAUCAGGCCUUCAAUAAAUACAUUCCCUCCGAAGAUGAAGUUUCAAUGGAAGCGAUAUCUCGAUGCUUGGAAAUACGGAGCCGGUUUAGACUACAGACUGUGAAACAAGAAAUUGUUGAAUUAAUUACCAGAACUCAAUGCUUCCUUAUUGUGAUUUUCAGAAAUUCCAAUGACUAAUUUCAAGUUUUACCUAAA